CGUGAGGUUUAUGCUACAAGAAAAGUGAAAAUUCUAUAUUUUUCAAUUUUGUGCGUUGUUUCUAUUUUUUCAUAGAACUCUAAGAGCCUAUCGAUACGUCAGGGCCAGGCCCUGAGUAGCUGGGCAGCUCCGGAGGCCGAUAUUGAAAUUGCAAAUUUUUACGUGAUUUUUCGUCGGGGCGUAAAAAAUCGCGUCGUGAAGGCGUCUACGUGACGCUCAAUGCUGCUCAGUGAUAUCGCGCCUCGAACUGUGAAUUCUCGGCCGAUUCGAUAAAGGUGCCGCACUAUAGGCACCCUAACUUCUAUGAAUUAUAGCGGCUUCCAUACAUUACGUGCACCGCUAAAAUUCCCCGAUGUUGUGACGGGUAGAUGUGUGUUGUGAUGUCGAGUGCCUUCCACUAUACGAGUUUGUUAUGUGUUUGCUUAGUGCUCUCUGCGAACCGAAGUUACCCAGAAGAUUUUAUUAGAAUAGCAUCUACUUAAUACUGCCGUGUAACUUUCCGUUCUGUGUGCACUCUUGGAAUUUACGUGUGUGCGUGCUUAUCGCCGGAAUUCUGACGUUUAUCUAUCUCUCGACGGUGUUGUGCUUGUGCACCAAUCGAGUCCGUGGUCCACAGGAGUAAAAAUUUCAUGUUUAUUUUUUGUGGCCAGUAUGUGCUCAGUUAGUGCGAGUUACCUGUGUAUUUUCCUUUUCAGUGCCAAUAUUACCCGUGGAUACCAGUUUGUCGAUGUAGUGUUGUGUAUGCUGGUGUUGUGAUUCGAACAUCGCUGUUGCUUUUUGCGGUUCGUUGUUUGUUAUUGUGAGUUCCAACGGUGGCCAGUUGGAUCGACACCAGUGUCUUCUACGAAAGAAAACAUAUCAGAAUAUACGAAUAAGCACAAGACGUGCUUAAGAGAAACAGCGCCGUCACUAAUACUGCAUAACUGACCGUCAGCGAAAGAUGGGUUCGAAAAAAAACCACAAGGAUCGCAAACGGAGCAAGCGCGACAGACGUUCGAGAUCUCGAUCGUCCAGCGCUAGUUCUCGAUCCGAGAGCGAAAUCUAUGAACGUCGCCGAAAACGACCGCAUCGCGAGGAAGCCCGAGAAGAACCACGCAAAGAUGCAGGCAGGGAUUGUCAUGAUCGGAGGCGUUCUCCAUCCGAGGACCACGGCAGGGUGGUACCAGACAGUUCGCGUUAUGCCUCCUAUCGAGAAGAGAAGGCCGAACAGAAGAAAAGGGAUGAUACGUUAGAUAGGAGAAUUGCAAAAGAGCGAGCUCGGAGUGCAACACCCGAAGGACCUUCACAGGAACGCGAGGUUACUCCUGAGAUUGACGAUGGAAAGGAAAAGCUUUCUAUGAGUAUUGAGGAAACCAACCGACUCAGAGCGAAGUUGGGCCUCAAGCCACUUCAAGCCGACAGUGAGGAAAAGAAAGACGAUGAAAAUAAGGAAGUGUUUGUACGAACUGAAAAUAUUUCCGAAAAAAAAGAGGCCGAGGCGUUUCGAGAUAAGAUUCGCACUCUGCGCAAGAAGCAAGAAAUCAAGCGGAGAUAUGAGAAGGUGAAGGGUUUGGCUGAUUCUGAUGAAGAUGACGAUGCAGCAAAGUGGAUUGCAAAGUCCCGUGCCAUAGCUGACGAAAAAGCAAGAGCUGCUAAGCGUGAAAAAAUGCUCCAAGAGAUGGAAAAUGAGCUCGGUAUUGAUGAUCUUGUCAAGAAAGAACUUAAGUUGCCUAAGAAAGACUACAGCGCUAAGGACCUGGAAGGCAUCGAAAUCGCUCACAGGGAAGACCGUAUUAGGGAAGGCCAAACAGUGGUGCUUACUCUAAAGGAUCAGGGAGUCCUCGACGAUGGUGAAGACGUUUUAGAGAAUGCGAAUCUUAUAGAUGACGAACGGGUCGAAAGGAACAAUCUAAAUAAAAAGCUAGGCGUCAAUACCUAUAAUCCAUACGACGACGCUGAGGUAGACGAGUUUGGCAUUGUGCAUAAGAAAAACGUCCUCUCGAAGUACGACGAAGAGAUCUCCGGAGCAAAGAAGGAUAGUUUUAAAAUUGGUGUUAACAAAGAGGAACGCCGCCAGAAAGAACUAGAAGCGAUUCGAAGUAAACUCCAAAAACAGAAGGAAUCGCUUAUUCUUUCGCUACCAGAAGUUGCAAGGGACUAUAUGACCAUUGAUGAAAUGGCAUCAUUCAAGAAACCAAAAAAAAAGAUUCGCAAGAUUCGCAAACGCGAAAUCCUAAAGGCGGAAGACCUAGUGCCAAUUGGCGAAGAACCUGCUGCAGGUAGCGACAUCGAUCACGGGUAUAGAAGAAGGCGUGAAAGGCCCACUGAUGAUGAUGAUAUCUUGGGACCUGACACUGAUCUAUCCAAUAUUAAAGUCGAGGAUGAUUUACCAGAACAAAGAUAUCGUGAGAAAUUGAACAAGAGUAAAAAAGUCGUGCGUCCUGAGGAGUCAAUUAAGCAAGUGGCGUCGCAGAUAGCUGCUAUAAAAGAAGAACCCGAGGAGCAGAUUACCAGCGGCGUGAACUUUAGCUCCUCGAUGGUUCUUAAUGCCACAGCCGAAUUUUGCAGGACACUUGGGACUAUCUCAGCGUAUACUCUCAAAGAGGAGCGUUUAGAAAAGAAGCCCAAAGAAGAAGACGAAGUGGAGAUCGACGAUGGUAACGGAGAAAACGUGCCCAUGGAAGAGGAGGAAGAACAACGUAACACUUGGGCCGAAGUAGAUCCGUCGGUGCAGAGGCAUAGGACACUGUCUGCACGAACAGAAGAUCGAGUAACGGUCUCGAAGGAGGCUAUGCCGAUCCUUGAGGAAGAACCAAAUGUGUCCUUAGGAGUGGCUGGAGCCCUUGAACUAGCUAGGAAAAAGGGCUAUAUUGAGGAUGGGUCCAAAAACAAGCCUGCCACUGUGAAAAAACUACAAGAUCUACAGGCUAAGAACUAUACGAUCGAGGAAAAAUACUACGAUGAUGAAGGUCGAGGUCGCCGAAGUGGCGGAGCAGGUCAUUAUCAUGGACCCGUCUCUGACUUUAAGGAUAAAAUUAAUUAUAAGCCUGAGGUUAAUAUCGACUAUAUUGAUGACAGUGGGCGUCCAAUUAAUCAGAAAGAGGCUUUCCGUUACCUUUCACACAAAUUCCACGGGAAAGGCUCCGGUAAAAACAAGAUCGACAAGCGGCAGAAGAAAAUCGAACAGCUAAACAAGCUCGAACAAAUGUCCAGCGUAGACACUCCACUUAACACGUUGAAGCUUCUACAGGAAAAACAGAAACAAUUACAGACGCCGUAUAUUAUGCUAAGUGGCGGAGCUGCCAAUGCGCUGACCGGACCCAGCGGGCUCAGUAAAAAAUAGUUCACGAAACCCUAUGGCCGAAAUACGAUCUUCAAGUUUUGUUAUCAGGCCACAUAACUUCGAUAAUAGUUACAGUUAGGCAUUUCCGGCGAGGUAUAUAGUCGGAAGAUGCACGCCAUCAAAAAACAAGAGACCAUCACGAAACCAGGAUUCAUCAUAAGACGUGGAUUAAACCGGAAUCAUGACCAGCGAACGCAAUUUUGCGUUGACAUAAUUACUGUGUUUAUGUUGAAGAUCUCAUAACAUUUUCACCUUUCUACCGCUUUCGAAUAUCAAAAACGGGGAAUUUUACUUAGCCUGUCUGUUCGAUUCGACCUAGUCUUACACUCCGGUUUACUGAAACAUGGCCAGUUAACUUGAAGUUAGUUUGAUCGAGCUGGAACAACCAGUUAAGGUUAUUACAUAAAUCCCAUUUACAACGUUAAUUAAAAAAAUAUUCCCUUAAGCAUUUCUUAGUAUAAAAACAGCUGUAACUAAAACAGCUAUAAUCACCACAAUUAUAGAUAUUUGCAGAAAGUAUGAUGAUGUCUUCCGAACCGAAAAACAGGAAUUAAAUAUUGGGAAUGCAAACCACUAUUCAACUUCGCUUUUGAUUUUCGAAAAGGUUCUAAUUAAUAAUCAAUGAUGUUUGCUAAUAUGUUAAGGUAGUGAUAGGUUAGGUGGUAAAAAAGAUAAUAAACAGGAUACAUAAGAAUAUUAAAAAAGGACUGAAAAAAUAGAUUCCUUGGUUGAGAAAAUGGGGAAAAACUUGUUGCUUUAAAAGCAAAAUAAAAGGUAUUAGGCAGAAAGUAGAAAACCGAGGAAAAUAUAAGUAAACAAUUUGUGUCCAGCCUCUUUAAAAUAGAAGCAGUUCUACUAAAUUACAUCGCUCUUUGAAAUUCAACAUGUUUAGAGUUUUUAGAGACAUUUUGUUUUUUUUUUCUAUCUCACAGACAUAGUAUGUUCUAUUUCAUAAUAUGUUUAGAUCGAUAUUUUUGGGUUAAUUUUUUUUUUUAUUACACGGAUACAUAAAGGCUGGAGUGUAUGAUUUUUUAUAUGAUAUUAUAAUUUUUUGAAGAAAUAGCAAGUUGGAGGCGAACCACGGUAAUUGGCGCUUUCUCGAUGAGAAGCUACAACGGGCAGAGAUAAAGGAAGCUAAUUUUGUAUAAAUGAUAGAGGUAAUAAUGUUUUGUAUCAUGACGAGAAAAACUUUAUUCUCUGUAAUACUCCAUAAUAUACCAAUACAUGUUAAUUGUACUAUUAACGCGAA